CAAUGUGUUUUUUGCUGUGACGUGCCCCGGAGUUUUCCCACUAUUGAGCUAGGGGUUGCGGUGGAUACGGCCUCACAGCCUCCACCAUAGUUCUCUAUUAUCACUUUGGAUCCAGACGAACAAACAGCAAACUAGUCUCCCAUACGGAUUCUUCAAUCUUCCCAACUCCCAUCACGGCCAGGAUGACCUCGACGGACCAGUACAUCGACUAUCCAACCCUCCUCUCCCCGACCUUCUCCCCGACAUCCUUCUCCAGCACAUUAAUCUCGCAAACCAAUCACCCGCACGAGCCACUGGACCUCACCACCCCCCUCUCGCGUGUUCUCUUCGACCUCCAGGAGAUCGAUACAACCCUACACACCCUAACCACCGCCUCCUCCGCCCUACUAUUAACGCACACCGCCACGACAACCAGUGCUUCGUCAACCCUGCUCGCCGCCGUGAUGGCACAAACGGCCACGCUAAACACGGCGUACGAGCGGCUGCGCCGCGAGGUUGUUGACCGCAGUGACCGCGCGGAGGAGGUGGUCCGCCUCGUGCAGAAUCUACACGCGACGACGAGGGUGUUGCGGGAAGUUAGCCGCGGUGUGGUGCUUGCGCGGCAGGUGGAACGACAGGUGGCGGAUUUGGAGGGCGGAGAGUGGAGCGCGAUGGUUCGGUGCUGCUUUAGCCUGCUGGAGCUGGGGAGGUUGUUGGAGCAGGGGGAAGGGCUAAUGGAAGUGGACCUGGCAAAGUCGCUGAACGAAAGGGUCCACCAGCCCACGCGGUCGAAUAUCAUUUCCCGAGCCAAGGAGAUAAUCACCACAUUUUCACUCCUCACCCCGGACACUCCAACCCCCACCCCCACUGCCUCCACCCAUACACCCGGCGCCAUCUUCUCUACCCUCCCGUCCGCCCCACCCGCCCUCCGCCAAAAGCUCUCUAGCACGCUCCAAUCCCUCUCCCUCCUCUCGCCCCCGGAUCUGCACGCAUCGAUCCGCACCCUCCUGCAAACCCACAUUACCGCCAGCACAGCCCUCCUCACACGUGCCUUAACCUCGCUAACCACGCUCGACCGCGCCCUCGCAGAAGUCUCCAUGCGUAGCCUCUCCGUCACCGCCCUUGAGGGCUACCUCGACGGUGUCGACCUCGCGCAGGCUGUCUUCGCCGAACUCGAUAUGCGCCGCCUGACGACAGGGUUUUGGCGUGGCGUGGCGGCGGGUUGGGAGCCGAGGGUUAGAGAUGUUAUGCUUAGGGGGGGCGCUAGCGCGAGGAUACUGAGGGCUGGUAAGGAGAGGUUGCGGGAGGGGAUUAGGACCUGUGUUCUCAGAGGUAUGGGUAUGGAAGGGAGGGAGGGGGGGGAGGGGGAGGGGGGAUUUGAGGUUGCGGUCAUGGUUGGGGCGUUGGGGAGUUUAGGACGGUGA